CAAAAAUGCCUUUAAGAUCCUGCCUUUCCCAUCCUAAUCUACAUAGGAAACAGGAAAAGGAACUUAAACUCCCUGUACUCAGACAGCAAUGAGACUGUUCCAGCUUGCUCCCAUGCUGCAAUUUCUUGCCUCUGACUUGUAAACAAGAUUCAGUGUAUCAUGCAAGAGGAGAGUAACUGGUAAACCUUCUACCCCAAUCGAAGGAUACUCCAUGAGCAGCUGCAAGAACUGGAUGGAUGUAUUUUGGAGAGCAUGGACCCCUUAGCACAUCUAGUUCUCUAUGGAUUCAGCCUGAUGAUUUCAGGCAAAGUGGAAGCAGCCCUGGAUCUGAUACUGAUCAAUUCAUUCCCUCUGGUGGGCAACUCGGAAACAUCACUUAUCUGUAUCGCUUCCAAAUGGCGUUCCCGUGAGUCUAUCACAAUAGAUCGAGACCAGGAGGAUGUGACAAACCAGCACCGAGAGCCCCUGGAAGUUAAUGAAGAUUCAAGGAGACCAACAGCCAAAACAGUGGUGUGGAAAAGGGAACAGGCCAGUGAAACUAUUGGAGCAUACUACUGUGAAGGGAAACUCAAGGAUGAGGUGACAAGGAUACAUACUAUGAAGAUGCCGCUGGGAGCUUCAUUCCACCCAGUGGCCUUAACUGUUACAGCGAAUAAGGGAGAGCAUGUGAAUAUUUCCUUCAUCAGAAUGGCAGCAAAAGAGGAAGAUGCAGUGAUCUACAAAAAUGGUUCCUUUAUUCACUCUGUGCCCAGGCAUGAAGUGCCAGGAGAGCUGGAAGUAUCCUGUUCUCAUGUUCAGCCACAGGAUGCAGGGGUUUACUCUGCCAGAUAUAUAGGAGGAAACCUCUUUACUUCUGCUUACACAAGGCUUAUUGUAAGACGGUGCGAAGCUCAGAAAUGGGGCCCUUCCUGUAGCUCCCACUGCCCUGCCUGCAUGAAUAAUGGUGUAUGUCAUGAAGAUACUGGAGAAUGCAUCUGUCCUCCUGGUUUUAUGGGAAAAACAUGUGAGAAAGCUUGUGGAGCCAAUACAUUUGGCAGAACAUGUGAAGAAAGCUGUAAGGAAAACUCUGGCUGCAGAAAUUACAUGUUCUGUCUACCAGAUCCAUAUGGUUGUUCUUGUGCUGCAGGAUGGAUGGGACUGGAAUGCGACAAAGAAUGCAAACCUGGCUUUUAUGGGUCUGAUUGCAAACUCAAAUGUAAUUGUCACAAUCGAGGGACCUGCGACAGAUUUAAGGGCUGCAUCUGCUCCCUCGGCUGGCAUGGUCUGCAAUGUGAAAAAGAAGGUUCAGCAGAUCUUUCACCUCAGAUAGAAAACUUACUAGAUCCUGUGGAACUCAAUUCUGGUGUAGAGUUCAAGCCUUUUUGUAUAGCUACAGGCAUGCCACUUCCUAAAUCUGAAGAAUUUAAACUGUUGAAACAAGAUGGAACUGUCCUUAAGCCUUCCCUAAUUGUUACUAGUAAUCGCUCUGAAGCUAUGUUUACUAUUAAUCGAAUCCAGCCCCGUGAUACAGGAACCUGGGUCUGCAGUGUGCAGACAGUGGCAGGAAUGGCAGAGAAACCAUUUCAAGUUACAGUUAAAGUUCCUCCUGUGCCACAGUAUGCCCCAAGACUGACAGACAGUGGACAUAAUUUUCUCAUUAUUGAUAUCAAUGCUGGGUUACAUCUUGGAGAUGGACCUGUUGUUUCAACAAAACUCCUAUACAAGCCAGCAAAACGUUAUCAGUCCUGGAUGUCUGUGGAAGUGAAAGGCACAACCAAAAGACUGGACAAUCUGGAACCAAAAACAGAAUAUCAGUUCUGUGUUCAGCUGAGUCGGCAAGGCGAAGGUGGGGAAGGCCAUCCUGGACCACAGGCCAGCUUCACAACGACUGCACUUGGUCUUCCUCCACCAGAAGGCCUCACCCUCCUUCCAAAAAGUAUGACAUCGCUGAAUUUGUCAUGGCAUCCUUUAACACUGAGGACAGAGGAUGACAUUCAUGUUGAAGUGGAAAGGAAGAGUGUGAAUGACAAUGGUGACGAGAGCAGUGUUAUCACCCAAGUGCCAGGAAAUAUGUCCACUCUGAUCAUUAAAGACCUUGAGCCUAGACAGCAAUACAUGUGCAGGGUACGGGUGAACACCAGGUCUCAAGGAGAAUGGAGCAACUAUCUGUAUGCAUGGACUUUCAGUGACAGAAUCCCUCCUGCACCCUACAACAUCAAGUUUUCUAAUACCACAGACACGUCCUCUGUCAUCUCUUGGACAACUGCAGAGGGUCAUUCUAUCUCCUCCAUCAUCAUCAGCUACAAAAUUUAUGGCAAGGCUGAGUACAACCACAUUGAUAUUAUCAUAAAGAAUACCACCAUUACUCAGUACCAUCUCAAGGGGCUUGAGCCAAAUACUAUAUACCAGGUACAGAUUAAUGCUCAGAAUAACAUUGGCUUGAGCAAUCCAAACACAUCGUUUGAAUUGAAGACUCUUCCAGAAACUAAAGCUCCAUAUGAAUCAAAGGGAGGCAAAAUGCUGCUUAUUGCUAUCCUUGGCUCAGCAGGGAUGACCUGUGUAACAAUUCUCCUGGCUUUUCUCAUCAUGCUACAGUUAAAGCGAGCCAACUUCCAGCGCAGAAUGGCUCAGGCUUUCCAAAAUGUGGUGAGAGAAGAGCCAGCUGUACAGUUUAACUCAGGUACUCUUACCCUGAGCAGGAAAGCCAAAAACAGCCCAGAUCCCACUAUUUAUCCAGUUCUUGAGUGGAAUGACAUCAAAUUUCAAGAUGUGAUUGGGGAAGGUAACUUUGGACAAGUCCUGAAAGCACGAAUUAAGAAGGAUGGCUUACGCAUGGAUGCUGCAAUUAAAAGAAUGAAAGAGUAUGCCUCAAAAGAUGAUCACAGAGACUUUGCUGGAGAACUUGAAGUUCUUUGCAAACUUGGUCAUCAUCCCAACAUCAUAAAUCUUUUGGGAGCAUGUGAACAUCGGGGGUAUCUUUACCUUGCAAUUGAAUACGCCCCCCAUGGAAACUUACUGGACUUCCUUCGGAAAAGCAGAGUGCUAGAGACAGACCCAGCAUUUGCUAUUGCCAACAGUACCGCAUCUACACUUUCCUCUCAACAACUUCUACAUUUUGCAGCAGAUGUCGCUAGAGGGAUGGACUACUUAAGCCAGAAACAGUUCAUUCACCGAGAUUUAGCAGCGAGAAACAUCUUGGUUGGAGAAAAUUAUGUUGCAAAAAUAGCUGACUUUGGCUUAUCAAGAGGUCAAGAAGUUUAUGUUAAGAAGACCAUGGGACGGCUUCCAGUACGAUGGAUGGCAAUUGAGUCUUUGAAUUACAGUGUCUACACCACAAACAGUGAUGUAUGGUCAUAUGGUGUCCUGUUAUGGGAAAUUGUUAGUUUAGGUGGAACACCUUAUUGUGGAAUGACAUGUGCAGAACUCUAUGAAAAACUGCCUCAGGGGUACAGACUGGAAAAGCCUCUCAAUUGUGAUGAUGAGGUGUAUGACCUAAUGAGACAGUGCUGGAGAGAGAAACCAUAUGAAAGACCAUCAUUUGCUCAGAUACUGGUGUCACUGAACAGGAUGUUAGAAGAAAGAAAGACGUAUGUGAAUACCACCCUAUAUGAGAAGUUUACCUACGCAGGCAUUGAUUGCUCCGCUGAAGAAGCUGCUUAAGACAGGAAAAAUCUUCAUUCAUCAAUGAUGUAUUAAAGGAACCCAAAACUCAGUCUUCUGGAGCCCAGAAUGUGAUAUGCUGUGUAGAACUCUGUAUAGCCCUAACUGUAUAAUGUUGUUUAACAACAGAAUUCUAUGUGUAUAUCACACAGUAACCUCUGCCUCCACAGGCUGCACAAGUGUACAUACUAUUUUGAGUAGGAAUGGACUAAAGUCAUGAAAUCUGCUGUUUCAUGCGCAGUUUUUUUUUAAACAUGUAAAGUGUAUGCAUACGGUUAUAGUAACGCAUUAUCUAUUGCCCUGUUAGAUAUUUUUGACACUUUCCAAGAGCUACUGAUAGCAUAAUCACUCUUAUAGCAAGUUAUACAUUUCAUUGCAAUUCAAACAAAAAUGGUAAGCUCAGUGUGAAAGUGCAAGUUACAAGCAGAUGUCAAUCCAGUAUCCUCAUCAAGAAAAAUUAAGUAAGCGUCUCCUAUUUGCAUGUAAAAGUGAGCUAGUGGGAAUAAUUUGUUCAAAAAUUCUGACACUUAAGAUACAAUGAAUGCUAUUGUUCUUUCAUUGUGCAGUUUAAUAGCCAGUUUCUAUGCUAAAUAUCAGUUUGCCUAACUUAAAAAUACACGUAUAUAUUGAAAUUUUUGAUGCCGAGACAGGCAUAUGGCAAUUAUUACGAAGCAUGGGAUUAAGGAACAAAUUACAUGUUGUAAAACAUUUUUACAACCAGCCUGACAUACAUGAAGUUUUUGCAAUUUGUAUUUCAUGUAAUAAUUUCACUGCAUGAUUAUAAAUUACUACCUAGUUAUAUAGAAGCAGGGUUUACUUGCUUUUAUCUUAUCUCUUAUUCAGGCUUUCGUAUGGUAUGGCCUCUUGAAAUAUUUAACUAAAAUGCUUUAAAACAGAAUAUCUGGCCUGCCAGAUAUGUCUUCCAGUUCUCAGGUUAGACCAUUAGAGGCAGGAUUGCCCCAAGCUUCUGGUACCAAGCUAACUGCUUGGAAUUUUGCAAGGCUUACCCUAUUCAAACUUCACAUAUAGCUUACCUCAUGCACACAUGUUACCCUCAUCACCAAUGACUUACCAGCUCAUAACUGGCUAUCAGAUCACAGUGACUCUCUAGAUAUGUGGAUCACUCCCCAAGACUUUGGGGCAGGAGGGGAAAGGGAUGGAGGGAAGGGUUUCCCUUCUGAUGCUUGGUUUGUGUAUGGAUUUGUGGGUGGGUACAUGGGAAGGAUAUCAUAGCAAAGUAUAAAGUUACACUGCAAGCAUGUAUCAGUUCUGACUCAAAAAGGAAACGCACUAAAAGCCUUACUGAAGAGGUCAAAGAAGAAUGUUGACAUCACUUGUGCAGUUGUGAAAAAGGAAGAGCUUGCACUGUAAGUGCAACUGUUACAAUCUGAGUUCACAAAGAGUGAACAGACUGAUUGGACCAAUGUAAUCUUAGUAGAAUAACUCCAAAUGAGAACAGAGAAAAACAUCCACUAUAACUUUCAUAAAAGAUUAUUGGCAGGGCAUUUCCUUGAAGCAUGGGAAUUGCAUUUUGCUGUCAGAGCAGGCUCCUAUGGGUCAGCAAGGUGAACAGGAAUGGACCCAUCCUUGUGCUGGCUAGGCUGCCAGAUAAAUCUAGCUAACUACUUCUGCUGGAACCGCUCCACUUUCUAUAAAUUUCUCAUGGGUCUAAAAUGGAUCAUUUCAUUCCUUCAUAAGCAGACAACCCUACUGACUAUUCUGCUACUUUGAGGUGAGACUUUUCUUCUGUGAGAAACUUUUACUUUGGUCAACAAGCCACAAAGGGAAAGAAUCACGAUCAUUCAGCAGUCCAAUAGGUCUUAAUACUGUUUGCGUUAAGUGCUUGAAUCUCACUGUAAAUUUAGCUGAAGGUCAUUUAAAUAUGUCC